AUGUCUUCCAAAUCCAUUGACUUAACUGGCGCCUCGCCACCGACAGCAGGUAUGCCUCCUCCUUUAGUAAAACUAGAGCAAGCUCUAUUACCGGCUACUAUCACCCAAGAGCAGACAUCAGAGCAAAAUCCAUACUUUAUAUAUAAGAAGGAGUGUCGCAUUGCUUGGAUUAAGUACCUAGGCCUCCUGGGAAGGGUCAAGCUCCGCGAGGGGCUUGACCGGCUCCCAUUCUUUUACGGAAUGCCGCCAGAAAACGUAGCUCUACAAAUCGAUCCAGAACGAUUAGAGAUGAUCCAGAAAGCAGCGACCAGCGAUCCUAGAAACUCACUUAUCACACUCAAAGCAGUCUUGAGCACUCUGCGAGAUCGACCUCAGCCGUCUCAUAUCGCAUGGGACAUGCUCCAGCAACAGCUAUCGGACCCGCGUGCCAUCAAAAAUUUCACCAGAGACCGGGACAUAAUCAAGCGCUGGGAGGCUUUAGGCUCCCGAAAUUCUAUGCAUCUCCUGAAUCCCGCCCAAGCGUCGCCCGAGCAGGCUACGGCCUUUAAAGAAAUCCAACCGUCCAUGCUUCGCUUAGUGGGUAUACAAACAAACGAGGAAGACCCAGCCAGUUCACCAGGCUACGUGCUCUCUAUGGCCUCUUUCGAAAGGUCAAUCUGGAAAGGGGAGAAAGCGUCGAAUGAAAUCGAGCGCCGACAGUGCGCCAAUAUGGCGCUGCGAUCCCUGCAAAAGUUUAUGGACGCACAAAAGAAUGAAGCGGUAAUCGACAAGAUGGUAGGAUUUCAGAAACACUACGAAGCAUUGGAGGCUCUCGGCUUAAAGUAA